AUGGAGUCCCCAGUUUGGUUCAUUACCGGCGCUUCUUCAGGCUUCGGCUUUGAAAUCGCCAAAGAGGCCCUUGCCCGUGGCCACCGUGUUAUCGCAACCGCCCGCAACACUUCCAAGAUCUCCAGCCUCGCCACUGCCGGAGCCGACCUUUUGCCUCUUGAUGUUAUUGCCGAUGAGGCCACCGUCACCGACAUUGUUAAUAAAGCCUUCACCAUCUAUGGUAAGGUCACUCAUGUCAUCAACUCUGCCGGCUACGCCCUCGAGGGCACUGUCGAAGAAGCCGAUGCCAAAGAGGCUUUUGAUCAAUUCAACACCAACGUCCUCGGCACUCUCAAAGUUUGCCGUGCCGCGGCUCCUCAUCUACGAGCCCAAGGUUUUGGCGUCAUUGUCAAUAUCGGCAGUCUAGGUAGCUGGGAGAGCUGCGCUGCUGCUGGGCUGUACUGCGCUACCAAAGCUGCUGUAAGCAAUCUUACGGAAGCAUUCCGUGAUGAGCUCAGCCCGUUUGGUGUUGUCGUUUGUGCGCUCGAGCCGGGCUACUUUCGUACCGGUUUCCUGAAUCCUGGUGCCCGCCUCAAAUCCAAGGUGGAUCUAGACGCUUACAAUGUCGGCCCAGCGGGCGAAUACAAGAAGCUACUUGACUCCGCGGAUAACCACCAGCCCGGAGAUCCAGUAAAAGGUGCUCGUGUUGUGGUGGAUGUCAUGACAAAGUCUGGGAUUGCUGCGGGCAGGGAAAUUCCAAUCAGACUGGUUCUAGGCACUGACUGCCUUGCUGCAGUACGGAGGAAGUGUAAGGAGACUCUUGCUCUCAUGGAUGAGUGGGAAUCCAUCUCUGGAACAACCGAUUUUUAA